UUUUUUUUUUUUAGAGAGUUUGGACGCGUUUUUGUCAUUUUUGGCGAGUUUUCUGUCGUUUUGGACAAAUUUUAGUUAUUUAUGCCAAUUUUCAGUCAUUUUGGGCAAUUUUUUUGUUAAUAUGGGUGAUUUUUGAGACAUAUUCGGAAAGGUUUUGGGCACAUUUUUGUAAUUUGGCGAAUUCUGAACAAAUAUUGGUUUAUACCACAGUUCACUUUGGGCAAUAUUUUGUUACAUUGGGUGGUUUUUGAGACGUGUUUGCCAAAUUUUAGGCUAUUUGGACACAUUUAUUUUGGUAGAUUUCAGGUCAUUCCGGACUGGUUUGUGUCAUUUUAGUCAAGUUUAUACGUCAUUUAGAAAAAAUGUUGUCACUUUUGGCAUUUUUUGUGUUGUUUUAGGAAAAUUCUGGUUAUUUUGGCCAAGUUUCGGGUCAUUUUGGGCAAUUUUUAAAACCUGUUCAACAAAUUUUUAGGCAGUUGCGACGCUUUUGUGUCAUUAUCUCUUGUCAUGUUGGACAAAUUUUGUGUAUUUUCGGCAAGUUUUUGUCAUUUUGGUGAAGUUUCUGUAGCAGUUUGGACACAUUUCGUAAUUUGGCAAGUUUUGGACAAAUCUGGUUAUUUUAGUGAAGUUUUGAGUCACUUUGGGUAAAUUUUUUUGCCAUUUUGGGUGUUUUUUCAGACGUGUUUGACAAGUUUUUGGGCUACUUGGACACAUUUGUGUCAUUUUUUUUUUGUGUUGUUUGACAAAUUUUGUCUAUUUUAGCCAAGUUUUGAGUCAUUUGGGGGCAAUUUUAGAGUCAAAUUUUCCUCAUUUAGGCCAGUUUCAAGUCAUUCAAGGGAAGGUUUGAAUCAUGUUAGGUGAUUUUUGAGACAUAUUUGCCCUGUUGAGACACAUUUGUGUCAUUUUUUCAUGUUGAGUGUCCACUUUUUUGUCUUUUUGGACAAGUUUUGAGUCGUUUCGGUCACAUUUCCUAAGCAGUGUGGACAUGUUUGUGUAAUUUGGCACGUUUUGCACUGAUUUUGGUUAUUUUUGUGAAGUUUCAAGUCAGUUUGGGUUAUUUCUGAUGAUUUUUGAGACGUAUUCGACGAGGUUUUAGUCAGUUUGGACGUGGUUUUUGUCAUGUUUGGCAAGUUGGACACAAAUCUGUCCAGAGCAGCUUGAACCUCGAACACAAUGACUUGAAAUUUGUUCCUCCGUCCACUUGGUUUUUCUAAAUCUCUCACCUUCUUCAUGGUUGUUCUGCUUCCAUCGAGGUUCAGGACUUUAAAUUUUCAGUGAAAACACUCAGAAUCUGGUGCUUGGAGUUGAGAGGGUUCAUUAGAGGUUAAUUUACUCGUCUCUAGAGACAGUUUUUGGUCCCUAAACCUUCCUAAAGGCCGGCAGAGUAAGAUCCCUCCUCUGGGUCGCGUCGAUGGGCUUCCUGCUCGUCCUCCUACGUUUCCAUUCUGUGCGGCUGCUUUGUUGAAGCGGCUGAAAGCAGCAGACUGUGGUGGAAAACUCUGCUGCUGCUUUGUGCUUCCACAUUGUUGUGGCGCUGCGAUGGCCUCAGCGGUAGAACUAAAGGCCGGAGAACGGGCCGUCCACGCCUCGUUCACAUUCAGCUUCACCUCACAGCAGCAGUGAGCAGCUGGAGAACAUCUGGAAACAUCAUCCUCCAUUCAUCCAGCAGUCCAGCAGACAUGACGGUCAUCGUCGAGGAGCCGAUGCUACUGGAGGCUGAAGAUGAUCGAGAAGAACAACCGGCGCUGGUUCCCAGUUUGUUCCCUCUGAUCCCUCCAACGCUCUACUUCAGCACAGCCAAGGAGAAAGUGGAGCUCCUUCCUGCAGAACAACGCCGGCAGCUGAAGUGGAAAAUGAGCAGCGUCACUCCGAACGUCGUCAAACACACCGUCGGCAGGUCGCACUUCAAAACCACCAAGAAAAGCCACGACUGGUUGGGCUGCUGGGGUCACCACAUGAAGUCUCCGGGCUUCAAGACUCUGGGAGAACAUCAGAAGCUGAACCACUUCCCAGGAACCUUCCAGAUCGGCAGGAAGGACCGUCUCUGGAGGAAUCUGUCCAAGAUGCAGGUUCGCUUCGGCAAACAGGAGUUCAGCUUCUUCCCCAAGACCUUCAUCCUCCCUCAGGACAUCAAGCUGCUCAGGAAGGCCUGGGAGGACAGCGGCUCCAAGCAGAAGUGGAUCAUCAAGCCGCCGGCCUCCGCCAGAGGAAUCGGGAUCCAGGUGAUCCAUAAGUGGAGCCAGAUGCCUCGUAAGAGACCCCUGCUGGUCCAGAAGUAUCUCCACAAGCCCUACCUCAUCAGCGGGAACAAGUUCGACCUGCGGAUCUACGUCUACGUCACGUCCUACGACCCGCUCAGGAUCUACAUCUUCUCCGAUGGACUCGUCCGGUUCGCCAGCUGCAAGUAUUCGUCUUCCAUGAAGACUCUGAGCAACAAGUUCAUGCAUCUGACCAACUACAGCGUCAACAAGAAGAACUCUGAGUACCAGAGCAACAGCGACGACAAGGCCUGCCAGGGACACAAAUGGGCUCUGAAGGCUCUGUGGCAGUUCCUGGGUUCUAAGGGAGUCGACACCUCGCUGCUCUGGGAGAAGAUUAAAGACAUCGUCAUCAAGACCGUCAUCGCGUCGGAGCCGUACGUCAACAGUCUGAUGAAGGUCAACGUCCGCUCAUCCUACAGCUGCCACGAACUGUUCGGCUUCGACAUCAUGCUGGACGAGAACCUCAAACCCUGGAUCCUGGAGGUCAACAUAUCACCAAGCCUCCACUCCAACACGGCGCUGGACGUGGCCGUUAAAGGCCAGAUGAUCAGAGAUCUGCUGAACCUGGCCGGCUUCAGGAUUCCCUCCAGAGACGACGUGGCGACGCCCUGCAGCAGCGCCUCCAGCUCCACCAGCAGUUUGUGUGGAGGAACCAGAGAGCGAAGUAGAUCUGACCUUUCUGCAGAUGAGAAAGUCAAACGAGCUUUUUACCUGACGCAGCGCUACGCCGACCAGGACUUUCUCGCCUCGGUUUUGGACGUUUUGACUCCGGAGGACGUUCGAGUUCUGGCCGAGACCGAAGACGAGUUCAGUCGCAGAGGAGAGUUCGAGAGGAUCUUUCCAUCGUCGUCGUCGUCUCGCUACCUUCGAUUCUUCGAGUGUCCGAGAUACGUGAACAUCCUGCUGGACCAGUGGGAGCAGAAGUACUGGAACAACAAAACCAAAUCCAUCGAUCUGCUGAGGACGCUGUGUCAGAAAGGAGUCCAUCUGGGAACCUGUGAUCCAGCUCACAUGUGGUCCAAGUGCAGCUACAUCUCCAGGGUUGAAGGCCACAGACCAGAACCCGUCAGCCCAUCCAGAUCCAGGGUGGUGGUCUCUCUUCGGCACCGCUCCCACCACGGCGAUGACGGCGACGGUUUGGACCGGGAGGUGGCUUCGGUCUCCAGCCUUCCAGAAUCCCCGAGUCCUGGAUCCAGCGUCUCCAGCAGUGCCUAUACCAGCCCCCCGCCCAGCCCCGCCCAGAGCCUGCUGCCUCAACAGUUCGCCUCGCUCUGACCAGACCGGUACCAGGACAGACACAACACUCAGGGUCUAAUCCAGCCUCACCCUCCUCACAAACACUGAUCUGCCACGUCUCCGGACACAGCUGGCAAGGGCGUACGACAGCGACUACACACUGAGAUUAUAUGCAUAAAGUGGCUCUUUUUUGAAUUCAGGUUUACUGCCACGCCAGUGAGCAUAUCACAUUUCCAGAACCAGAGUAGUGUUCCUAAUAAAAAUCACUAACACGCCAACCACUGUUCACUUUGUCGAAGAGAUUCUGAGCUUUUAUGUAGAGUGAAAAUCAUCCUGCUAAGACUUGAACCACGCCGGAGAUGCCCGAUCCUUCACAGUGACGGCUUAGUUAGGUUUGCGUCAUUUUAUGGUGAUGCAGUGCAGAGUUGUGGCUUUACCUCGUUAACAUUUUUUAGCGAUCAACCGAUGUUAGUGCUGCAGGGAAAACGCCAAAUGGAGAGCACUUACCCUGCAGAAAGGUUUAACUCAGUGCAAUCAAGAAGUUUAGAGACCGCGCCUAUAAAAAAAAUCAAAACUGCAACAGAUUUAAAUCAAUGAAAGUCCCUGUUGACGUAGUCUUCCAGUGCUCCUGCAACACUCUGUAACCCUGGAAGUCCUACUCUGUGAACAUGCCAAGCUCUGUCCGCCAUGAGCUGAAUCACCCAAACAGCGACUGUAAAUCUUUUUACUUUUUGGGAUAAGGAAGAAGUCACAGGGAGAGCAACAACUGUGUUGGCGCCCAAAAACUUGUGCAGUUACAUGGUGGAGCACCCACUCUUAAUCCAGAUAUCUGCUGCGUCAUACUGACCAGUUACAGAUGUCUGAUUUAGUUUGGACAGAAUAUUAGCUACAAACACCAUUUGUCAGGUACUUAUAAUGCAGCCUUGACUUCCCUUGCAGAAGUUUUACUCCAGAUUUCUAUGACAUCAUUCUGUCCAGUCAAAACCAUAGUUGGAGAUGUCUGUUAUUCUGUUUUGACUAGUCAGAACGAUAGCUGCAGGCACCACUUAUCAGACACUUAGAAUACAGUCUUGACAUCCUUUUACUAGACAUCUUGACUUUAUGUCAAAUGCUGCAGAGUUUGACUUAUAUGUAUAGUACAAAAUGAUGUAUUAACUAGUCAUAUUUACUGUCAGACACCACUUUUCAGGCACUUGUAAUGCAGUCUUGACAUCCUAUCCAGAAUUUUUAUUCCAGAUUUCUAUAACGUCUUUCUGUCCAAUCAAAACCAUAGUUGGGAAUAUCUGUUAUUCUGUUUGGACUAGUCAGAACGAUAGCUGCAGACGCCACUUAUCAGAUAAUUACAGUGCAGUCUUUGCUAGACAUCUUUACUAUACAUCAAGCCAUUUAACACUGCAGAAUUUGACUGUUAUGUAUGGUAUAAAAACUGCAUAAUAACCAUCAUAUUUACUCUCAGAUGCCACUUAUCAGGUACUUAUCACGCUGUCUUGAUGCCCCUCGCCAGUUGAGAAAAAUGGCUGCCAUAUACAGUUUCGAUUGCAGUGCCAUAGUAUGUUUGAAAAAAGCUCACCGUAGCUUCUGAUGUGACCGCAGAUACCUGCAACGUUAGUUUGACAAGGCAGAUUUAAGGUGUCUGUAAGAACACACCAAGUACACGCAUCACCAACAGUCCCAGAACUUUUCGAUCGUGCUCAGUCCGAGCUAGGUGACAGAUAGUUUCCAACAGUUAUUCUGCCGUUUGUGUUUAUGCAGGGUUUUCUCACAGUAUUACACAAGUAUUACUCCCAAAUACUUCAAAAACCACACAACCUUUUUGUUUCCAAACCACGUGCCAUGAUCCAGAGAUUCCACCCGCUGCUCUCCGGCCUUCAACUGUGAAGAACUGGCUUUCCACAAAGCAGUGCUGCUGAACAAACCUGCAGGUUUUACACUGGUGCAACGUCGAGGUGGUAAACAAUAACACUGUGAUUCCUCUUUAAAUCCGACUGUUUAAAGGACUGUUGUCGUCACGUUCCUGCCUUACGGACUGUAGAGUGGAGAAAAUACGAUGGAGGGACGAGGAUUGAGAGAAGAGGAGCUGCUCUGAUGACACCUUUCUGACUUUAUUCCUUCUGCUGUGUUUAACAAAACCUCCAGUGUGUUCCAGAUGAUCAGACAUUUAUUCCCUGUUCUAAAGCGCAUGUUAGGAGACAAACAUAAGAGUUAACAUUGCAAACAUUUGGCAGUUUAGCUCAGAGCAGUUUUUACAAAGGGAGCUUCUCUGUUACGCUUGUUUAUAUACAAAAUAUAGGAUUUAUCGAAAGCUGCCAAAAUGCAAGUAAAGCACCAGAAUUUAAAGGAUAACUCUGGUUUAUUUUAGUCUGUUAUGCUUUUACACUAAGUUUGUAUUCUGCUCUUCUGUUGUAGAGGUUCAGGACAAUAAAACAGCAUCAAUUUAUGAGCUUCAAUUUAAAUGGCUUGUCCAAAAUAAUCCAAAAAUGGUCUAAAAUUAGUUCAUAGCUGUCCACACUGACCCAAAAAGUGUGUAUAUUGAGGUAAAAAUUGCCCUAAAUGCCGCAAAAUUAUUCCAAUUGACAGUGUAAUGUUCAAAAAAUUAGAUUUAAAAAGUCAAAAACUGUCAGAAAUGACAAAAAUAUGUCCUAAAUGACAGAGAUUCCUGAAAAUGUGUUUAAAAUUGUCCAAAUGCAGUCAAGAGCAGUCCAAUAUGUGCACAAAAUACCUCAUAUUUGUACCAAAUUUCAUAAAAUACAUCUGAAAAGCCUCAAAAAAUGUCCAAAAUGACUCAAAACGUGUCUAAAUUUACUCAAAACUUCUACCCAGUGACAAAAACUUCCUGUCCAAAAUCUUUAUAUUGUGUCUAAAAUGAAACAGAAGUUCUCCACCUGGAACUGUUGACGCAUCAAUUCAUGGAGCUUUAUGAGAUUCAAGUUAAAUGGCUUGUCCAAAAUAACCCAAAAAUGGUCUAAAAUGAGUUCAUAACUCUCCACACUGACCCAAAAAGUGUGUAUAUUGAGGUAACAUUUGCCCAGAAUUACCAAAAAUGGUUCCAAGUGGCAGACAUGUCAAAAAUAAGAUUAUAAUUGCCUACAAUAAGUCAAAAACUGUCAGAAAUGACAAAAAUAUGUUGUAAAUGACAAUAAAAAUUGUCCAGGAUGACCCACAAAUUGCCCCAAAAUGCUUCGUAAUUGUCCAGAAUCGUAUAAAACCUGUUUGAAAUAACUCAAAAAAUGUCCAAAAUGACUUAAAACCUGCUCAGACAGACUCGAAUAGUGCACAAUGUCUUGACACUUGUCCAAAUUUACUCAAAACGUGUCCAAAAUCAAAACAGAAAUGACCCACCUGGCACUGUUGACUCAGGUUUGGAGCCAUUUUGGACCAUUUUUUUUUUAGUCAAUUUUCCAAAACAUUUUGGACAAUUUGAGUCAGUUUGACCAGGUUUUAGGUGAUUGUGGACAAUUUUAAAUGUAUUUGGAGAAUUUUUAACAGAUUUCUGAAGUGAGUUUUGCCAAAUUACUGAAUUAAAAUGAGGCGAAGAGUACAGAGUCGUCAGCAAAGAGAUGCAACAGAAACAUUCAGAAAUAAACCAGAAUUCUCCUUUAAACCUUGAACGCACCACUUUGCUGCUCACAUGUAAAGUUCCGUAGUUGUUAUUGUUUCCUCAGGAAAAUAAUUCCACAAAUCUCUGUCAGACUUGAAGUGUUUGGGUUCAUCUUCUCGAAGUUCAUCACAACAACCUGACGUGAAGCUGGUUGGAGCUCAGAAACUGUCGCAGGAAAACAUCUUUUUCAGCUCAGUUUGAAUAUUUUAAAUCAUCCGAAGUUAUUCCAACGUCAUGUUUGCGUAGAAAUGAGUCAAAGAUUUUCAAUUAUAGUGACACAAACGGUACGAAAACUGGAAAAUGAGUGAAUGUGAAUGCAUUUUCGCUCAGUAGAUGACAAAAAAUUGGUUUGUUACGAAAAGUUUGGGUGGUUGAGUAAUCGGUCAGAUAUGACGACAUAUUAGGGCUGCUAUAGUUUAAAAGCAAAUAAAUAUGGAAAAAUUCAGGAUAAAACUCAUUAAUUCUGAGAAUAUGCACGUUUUUGUGAAUUUAAAAAGAGUUUUGGUCACAAAUUUAAACAUUUUUCAUCUGAGAAUAUGCAAGUUUGUAAAUUUGGGAGUUUACUGUCAGAGAAUUAAUUUUUUUCCACAAAUUUAUACCCGAUAAUCUUAAAGAAUUUUCAAUUUUCUUGUAAAUUUGUGUUUUUGCUCAUAAAUUUACAUCUUUUUCCCUCCCUGACUCCAUUAAAAAUGUCCCUAGUAUGAACACAAAUGUUGGUUAUUAACCAAUUAAAAGGUCAAUUUCAUAAUAUGCAAAAUAUUUCUUGUGAAUUUAAUUUUAGACAAUCUUGAGUUUUUCACACAUUUUAUAAUUUUAUAAAUUCUUAAUAUGCACUUUUUUCUAGAAGUUCUCUUGAAAUUAAAUUCACAAGUUUACAACUUUUUACCAACAAAUAUAAUAAUCUUCAUAAUCUAUCUGAAUAUGAAAAUUGUAUUAUCAUACAUUUAGUGUUUUUUUUUCUUGUAAACGUAAUAUUUUCUUUAAAUAUUACCCUCCCUAGCCCAGCAACACUGGCCCUGAUAUGCCGUCAUAUUAACAGAACGUUGACUCACAAACAGACCAUUACAGCUGGUUUUCUGUGUUUUUUCUACUCAACAUGUAACUCAACCCGUAUAAAAUUCAAUAUUUAUCUAUAUUAAAGACUAAGUGAGCUGAAAUCUAGAAGAUCAUGUCGUUGGUCCGUUCCAGGCCUUGAUUCUUUCUCUGCUCCUGGUCCUCGUCUGGUUUGUUUGCUGCUUUUCAGAGUUUCUAUUUGACAGUUCGAUGACGCUGCAGUUUGUUUUUUCCACCAGUGAAAUGUGCAGAUAUUUUUACUAACAGACAGCUGUCACAUUUCCACGUUAAAGGGCUGUUUAAAGUGCUCAGGAUGACAAUUAUAAAAUAAAAACAUAUUUGUGGUACAA